AGAAUCGGCUUUGAUGUUUGAAUUAGCCGCUGCGAAGUACCUGAGAUACGGAGUUCAUAGAAUCGUGAUACGAUUGUAGGCGUGAACAUCAUUAUAAUUAUUUCGUCGCAAAUCGAGUGGAUUUGAUGACAGUCGUGUAAAAAUGCCACCGAAAAAAUUAAAGGAAAGUUUGAUUUUUCUUGUGAAUAUUGGUGUGGUCCGUCACGGUACACAAAACAACUCAGACUUGCUAGAUAAAGCCAAGUUUAUUCUUAAGCAUGUUAUUCAAAAAAAGAUAUUUCUGCGUCCGCAGGAUGAAGUAGGAGUAAUAUUGAUGGGCUCAGAUUCGAGUACAAGCGACAGUGUUACAGGAUUGGACAAUGUAAAAGAGUUGUGCAGUAUGCAAGUUGGAAACUGGGAUUUGAUAGAAAGCAUCGAUAAAUUGCAAACUACAGAUCAAAGCUCUUCCUGGAUGGAGGCAAUUUAUGCCGCGGUCGAAUAUAUCAAACAUGAAUGCGUAGAUAAAUCCGAGAGAAAAAUAAUGCUGCUGUCUGAUUUUAACGAGGACGAGGAUAUUGUGAGUCAAUUUCAAGCUGACGACAUCGCCAAGACAUUAAGUUCAGAGGAAAUUCUUCUUAUAGCAGUUGGGAAGAGACCAUUGGAUAAUAUACAUGAAGAUUUUUAUACAGCCAGCGAAGCAUUGCUUCAGAACGUUCUGGCAGAGAUUAAUGGCCAGUAUCGCACCUUCAAGCAUGCUAUGUCAGAAGUACGUUUUUACAGACAACCUUCGACUAAACCGAUGCCGUGGCGUUGUGAGAUGGAAUUAGGCGACUUCCGUAUACCGAUCAUUGGAAUAUCUAAAAUGCCGAAAGAAUCGGGGUUACCGAAGAUGCAGUUGAUAGCGAAAACAACUGCGGCCGAUAUGUCAGAGGAGCAAGUGCCAAUUAAGAACGUUGCGCAAUGGACGGACAAAAAUAGGACUGUUCACACAGAGGAGGAUAUAAUCCGUGGCUUCCUUUAUGGUGGCAAGACUAUUUCUGUCUCAGAGGAUUGCAAGAAAACCAUGAAUCCGGAAACAGAGAAAUGUUACAAGAUACACGGUUUCACCGCAAGGGAAAAUGUGCCUAUGGAGUACUGGUUGUCAGACGGCACAUACGUCAUCGUCCCUGCUCACGAGUUGGUGAGCCCACCAUUCUAUAGUUUGGUGCAAGCCAUGGUGGAGAAGAACGUGGUCGCUAUAGUGGAGAAGAUCUUCAGGAAGAACAGCGAAGCUAACAUGGUAGCGCUAUUUCCGAGUGUCGACGAUCCAAAUGAGCCUUGGUGCCUAGUUGAAAUCGGUUUACCAUUCGAGCGGGAUUACAGAGCGAUAGCGCAGCGACCGUUGAAAUUCUUGAUGAAGCAACUGUCAGAGGAGCAGAGCGACGCUGUGGACGACUUGCUGGCGUCUUUGGAAUUGCCCGAAGGCGCCGACGAAAACUCGUUCGUUGAUGGCGACAGAUAUUUGCCAGGAUGUAUGCCGGAUCCUGGCGCGCAACAUAUGUGGGAUAUGCUGUCAGCUCGCGCGCUACAUCCGGAUCAGCCGCUGCCGCCCAUUGCCGAGGAUGUGAAGGAUCUGUUGGAGCAACCCGAGUCCGUGAGGGAGGAAUGCAAGCCAGCGGCUGACAGAAUCAAGGAUUUGUUCAACUUGGAGAAGAAGAUACCUCUAAAAUCCAGGAGACGCAGGAAAUUGGGUGAGGACGAUGCGACGCUUAAUCAAGACGACACGCACGCGGACGACGUGGCGCAGUCAAGCAAAGAGCAAGAGACAGAUACCAGGAAAGAUAAUAACGGCGUAUCGGGAGAUAAGGCCUCUUUACCUGAUGAUGUGUGCGAUUUCGAUUUUGAAGAGAUUGCUGAUAUUUAAGAAGCUGCUGGCGGCGAUCACACUAUCAUUGGAAAAUUUACACGAAAUCAAAUCAGAUUUUUGUCCGUUAAUAAGCGAUAUCUACAGGGUAUUUGUGAAUUAACGCCCACUACUUACACAAUAUUAUUUAAACAGCGGUAUGUGAAAAAUUGAAUCGAGGAGUCCCGAGCCAUUUUGUCGAAAAGAAGUCAUUAUUUAUGGCGACUUUCGACAUAACAUAUUUUUACAGCUAAAUCGUGAAUUAAAAAUCUGUUAAAGUAAAAUCUUGCUUGAGAUUAAUCGAGGAUGAUAGAUUUGUUAUCCGCUUGGUCGCUCGAAGUAUAGUUUUCUGAUCGUUGUAUUUACGAAAAAAAAGAAACUUCGUAGAAAAAUAGACUUUAUACCAUGCAACUUUUGCUUCUACCACGUGUAUAUAUACACGUACAUACACAUGUGUGCAAUGAAAUA